UUUUCUUGUUCUUGUCUCCGAAUUUCAAAUCCUUAGAGGUGUAGAGAUCGAGAAUUUGUCGGAGUAUGGAAUUUAUUGUAGAACUUUCGAAGGAAUUCAUCUUAGCCUCUUCUGUUCGAUAGGAUCCGCCUUGAAUUUCGUGGAAAUUUGGUUCUUUCUUUUGCGUUACUGUUGUGAAUUUUGAGAAUAAGAGCUCAAUUUGGGUGAAAGGGAUUUCUGGGUUUGGAUUCAUAAAGGAGAAGAAAAGAAGGUUGCUUCUCUUUGCCGGAAGCGACGCAUUGCUUCUUCUUUGGAAAGUAUGUUUUAUCACACUUAUGUGUGAACUGAUUUAGGAGUUAUUUAUCGACAUGGAAUCAACAACGGAUGAUAAAAAUGAGACAAGGAGUGAGAGACUCGAACAGGACACUGAGAAGGAAAUUGAGAGUGGAGACCAGAGUCAGGCUAAUGUAAAGGAAACGGAGAAUAAGAAUCCAGGAGAGGCAGUAAGAGAAGUAGCCUCUGUCGGGGAGCAUCGUGAUUCUCCCUGCCCAAUGGUUGUUGAGGACGGUACUCCUGCUUCUCAAAGUGAUAGUGUUGCCCUCGAGACUGGAACCGAGGAUACGAAUCCAGGGAAGGAUGUAGAAGAAGUAGCUUCAGCUGGAGAGCUUCAUGUUUCUCCUUGCCCCAUGGUUGUUGAGGAAGGUACUGCGUUUGAUUCUCAGAGUGACAGUGUUACCCUAGAGACUGGAACCAAGGAUGAUGAGUCGAAAAUGGAUACAGAGACAACUCAUGUUGACAAGAAUACUCAACUAGUGAACAGUGUGUGUCUAAAUCCUUCUCCUUCAGCGGCUUUAGACACUGACAAGGGCUUAGUCAGUCCUACCAUGGAAGCCUUGGUAGAACAGACUGAUGUGUCACUGUCUAGCCUAGUAAGUUCAAAUAUCUCAAAAGAUGGAGUAGAUUCUGCGAAGGUUGGUGGAGACACUGCCCGUGAUAAAACGGCAGCAAAACCUGAUUCUAAGUUAACAGAAGUCGAUGUCAAAGAACCUGUGGAACCAGAUGCUAAAAUGGUACUGGAGGUUAGCAAAGCUUCAGAAAAACCAAACUCAAAGUUCUCAGGAGACCAUGUCAAUGAUCCGGUCAUACCCGAUACCAAAACCGUGAAGGAGAAUGAUCAUAUGAUAGACGAGACUGACACUGUGAAUUCUGAAGCUGUACCGAAUCACGAGAAUGAGCUAUCCAAGCCUGAAAUGGAAACCUCAACAAACUCGGAAAAAGGGCCUGACUUGCCUGUCACCGACACCUUAACUGACACAGAAAAAGGGCCUGAUGUGUUGGUUGCUGGGCCCUCAGAGUUCAGUGAGAAGGGGCUAUCUAGCGUGCCUGCUAGCCUAACUUCUGAUCAUGACAAAGAAAUUGCCACUCAGGAGGCUGAACCUAGAAAAGAUCUCAAAGAUGAAGUUCCUGAUUCUGAAGCGUUUGCUGAUGCUAGUGCUGACUCCAUUAUUUACGAGGAUGUCAAUGUUGAGCCUGCUACAGACACGGAAAAGAAAGAUAAUUCCGGAGCUCCCCAAGGGAAAGACAGUGAUAAUGAGGAUGCAUCUAUGAAACAUGAUAAUUCAGAACCCAUUAUUCCUUGUCUUGCAUCUUCCGAUGUAAAGUCUGAAGAGGGACGGCAAAGAGCUUUGAACAACGGGGUCCACAAAAUAGACGCAGCGCCACCUACCUCUGAUGGGACCAUGAACUUAAGGCAUUCAUCCCUCUUGGAUGAUAUGUCUGAGGGCAAUGAAUCAGGAUCAGAAGAGGAGCAAUCUGUUUUCAUGAAAGAACUAGAGAAUUUCUUCAGAGAGAGAAGCAUGGAAUUUAAACCACCAAAGUUUUAUGGAGAGGGACUUAACUGUCUCAAGUUGUGGAGAGCAGUAACUAGAUUGGGUGGAUAUGACAAGGUUACUGCCUGCAAGUUGUGGCGACAAGUAGGAGAGUCUUUCAGACCUCCAAAGACAUGCACAACAGUGUCAUGGACUUUCCGAGGUUUCUAUGAAAAGGCUCUUCUUGAAUAUGAGAGGCAUAAAGUCAAUGGAGGCGAACUUCAAAUACCCCUUGCUUCCAAUUCAGAACCAAUGAAUAUGGAUAAUCAGGCUCCUGGGUCAGGUAGAGCUAGAAGAGAUGCUGCAGCUCGUGCAAUGCAAGGUUGGCACUCGCAGCGUGUUCUUGGAAACGAUGAAGAUAAGAGUUCAGUUCCUCAACAGAAGAAACAGAUCGGAACUCCUGGUUUAUUUAAACGUAAGAGGCCAGUGUCCACAGAACAUGGUGCAAAAUCUCCCCGCACCCAAGUGUCUAAACCUCUGUUGGAUGUGACAGUUGUUGAUGUCGGGCCACCAGCUGACUGGGUGAAGGUUAACGUACAGCGGACAAAAGAUUGCUUUGAGGUGUAUGCUCUAGUUCCAGGACUCCUCCGGGAAGAGGUCCGAGUCCAGUCAGAUCCAGCAGGGCGAUUGGUUAUAAGCGGUGAACCCGAGAAUCCUGACAAUCUUUGGGGAGCCACUCCUUUUAAAAAGGUAGUAAGCUUGCCGGCUAGGAUCGACCCACAUCACACAUCUGCAGUAGUGACUCUAAACGGGCAGUUAUUCGUCCGAGCCCCCCUCGAGCAAUCUGACUAAAUCCCGGGUUUCGCAGUUCCUGCAAAUAAAACGAAAGCGAGCCUUCCUUGUGCGGCACUGCCAAAUAGAUUUGGUUGGGAGGAAGAGAUCCGGUUGAUAAAAAGGUUAGGAACUAAUAAGGAGUCGAUGUGUCACUGUCUGUAUAUCCGGGUGGUAUAAGAACCAGAAGAUGGGUAUGUGCCCAUGUUCCAUUUACAGUAGAGAGUUGAUGAUGUCGGAGAGAGAGUAAUGUGAUAUCAGAGAUUUUGUCAUAACGUUAAAUUUAAUUAUAAAUUUAAUGUUAUGAGUAAUGCGAUCAUUAUA